AGCCAUUGAAUUUUAUCAACAAACUGGUCAAACGUUAAGUUCAAAAUUAAACGAACAACGUCAACAACCUGGUGGCAAUCGUUUGGGAGGUCCACUUCGUUAUCCGCAUACGAUUCUAUUGUGGUUGAGAUGCAAUCAGGAUGUAUUAAACAAACGCUUAGACAAACGUGUUGAUGCCAUGUUGGAACAGGGUCUACUGCGUGAAAUACGGGCAUUUCAUAAUGAGCAUAAUGUGAACAAUAGUAUUUCGGGGAAUACUUGCCAUACAACAAGCGCAUCAGCAUCCUCAUCUUCAUCAUCUUCAACUUAUACUAAGGGCGUAUUACAAACGAUUGGAUUCAAAGAAUUUAUACCAUAUUUAGAGCAAUUUAAUGCGGCAAAUGAUCAAAAAAUUGAAACAUAUUUACAAGCGAAUGCUUAUAAAAUGCCAACCGAAGAACAAUUUAAAUCAUAUGCCGGUUCAAUAAACGAACUGCACGAUGCUGAAGAUGUAAACUUGAAAGAUCGUAAAGAUCAUUUGCCUCCAGGGUUGGAUGUUUUAAAUGCCUGUUUAAAUGAAUUGAAAUUAGUAACACGUCGUUAUUCGAAAAAACAAAUUAAAUGGAUUAAUAAUCGUUUCUUGGCCAGCAGAGAUCGUCAAGUACCCGAUCUUUAUGAAUUGGAUACGAGUGAUGUUAGUCAGUGGCAUGAAAGAGUUUAUUCACCGGCUGUUACCAUAAUUGAAGCUUAUCGCAAUGGCCAAGUGUGUGAAAUAGAGCCCAUGCAGAAGAGACAACAUCCCGGUGCGGGUUUAAAUGAAGAGACUUCUAACUUUUGCACUGUGUGUGAACGUCAUUUUAUCGGUGAAUAUCAAUGGCAGUUGCAUUUAAAAUCCAACAAACACAAAAAACGUAAAGAGGGUCUCCGGAAGAAAACCGAGGCCACAAAUACCCCUCAAGACUUGAAAGAACAAUAAAACAUUUUUUUUUUCAAAAUUUAUUGAAUAUUUAAUAUUUGUUGCAAAUAUUAAAUUAAAUACAUUUUAUUUUAU